AUGGAUUCGUUCUCCUAUGGCCAUCAGCAGCGCCUGCUGAACACCGGCUCCUUCACGGGCCUGCGGCCUCUCCACCAGCUGGGCGCCGGCUACCUUUCGGCUUCGCCGUCGAAACAGCCGUUCUGCGGCAACGAAGAAGGGUGGGGCCCGUUGAGCCCGCACCGUUACGACUUCACCCCUUGCUUCAUAGACGUCUGGGUCGCCUCCGUAUCCGUCUACGGGCUCGUCUUCGGCCCCGUCGCCAUCUGGUGGUUGUUGAAAAGGAAGCAGCAGCUCGAACAUGGCACCUCCAAGAAUCUUCACUUCUGGAUCAAGCAGACGCUCCUCGCGGCACUCAUUGCAGACGUCGUCGUCCAGCUGGCGAUUCAGAUAGUCAAUUACCAAAAAAUAUGGCUUACCGACUUCCGCGUCUGGACCACCCUGCUCACCAUCCUCUCCAUGGGAGUCAUCUUUUCCAUACAGUGGAUCGAGCACACCAAGUUGAGGCAUGCCAACGGGGUGGUGCUCUUCUAUUGGCUGCUGCUCAUCAUCUCUCUUGCUGUCAAGCUGCGCUCCCUCAUCUCUCAACAGGUGUACGACACCCAUCUGUCGUACUUUGUCACCUACUGCGUCGGCUUCGGACUCGCCAUCGUCGAGUUUCUCGUCGAAUGGCUCUGGCCGCGCAGCGCCUCCUCGAGCGGCUACGAAGCUAUUUUGGAAGAUGAUGAAUGCCCGGCCGAGUAUGCCACCGUCUUCUCCAGGCUCACCUUUUCCUGGAUGACGCCCCUGAUGAGGCACGGCUACAAGGUCUUCCUCACCGAGAACGACCUCUGGAGCUUGGCCAAGUCGGAUCAGACGAAGAAUACGGGAGAAGCCUUCGAGGAUGCCUGGAAGCACGAGCUCAGGAACCGCCCAAACUCGCCAUCCCUGUGGCUUGCCCUCUUCAGAGCCUACGGCGGGCCCUACAUGUAUGCCGCCGUCUUCAAGGUGGGCAACGACAUCGCGCAAUACCUUCAGCCUCAGCUGCUUCGCGUCCUCAUCAGCUUUGUUGCCUCCUACGGCGAAGAUAUGGUUCCGCAGCCCAUCAUCAAGGGUGCCUCGAUUGCCCUGGCCAUGUUUGCUUGCGCCGUUUUCCAGACCACCAUGGUCCAUCAAUACUUUCAGCUCACCUUCGAGACGGGAAUGCGCAUCAAGGGUGGCCUUGGUUCCACAAUCUACCGCAAGUCGAUGCGCCUAUCCAACGAAGGAAGGUCCUCCAAGUCGACCGGUGACAUUGUCAACUAUAUGGCUGUCGAUGCCCAGCGCCUUCAAGACCUUACCCAGUUUGCUCAGCAGGCUUGGUCGGCUCCCUUUCAGAUCAUCAUUUGCAUGGUUUCGCUGUACAACCUUGUCGGAUGGUCCAUGAUGGCUGGCAUCGUCGUCAUGAUUGUCAUGAUGCCCGUUCAGGGAUUCGUCGCGAAGAUCAUGAAGAACCUGCAAAAGGAUCAGAUGAAGAACAAGGAUGCCAGAAGCAGGCUGAUCAACGAGAUCAUCACCAACAUGAAGAGCAUCAAGCUCUUUGCCUGGGGCUCGGCCUUUAUGAACAAGCUGAACUUUGUCCGGAACGAGCAGGAGCUCAAGAACCUGCGGAGAAUCGGUGCGACCCAAGCGUUUGCCAAUUUUACCUGGAACACGGCCCCUUUCUUCGUCUCCUGCUCGACAUUCACCGUAUUCGUUCUUACUCAAGACCGUCCUCUAACGACCGAUAUCGUAUUCCCCGCGCUCGCGCUCUUCAAUUUGCUAACGUUCCCCCUUGCCGUCCUUCCCAUGGUCAUCACCGCCAUCGUCGAGGCAUCCGUCGCCGUCGGUCGACUGACUUCCUUUCUCACCGCCGAGGAGCUCCAAUCGAACGCCGUCACCGUGAGAGAGGCACCCGAGGAGAUGGGCGAGGAGACGGUCAUCAUCAGAGAAGCUACUUUCUCGUGGAACCGCCACGAAAGCAAGAACGCUCUUGUUGACAUUGAUUACACCGCGUACAAGGGAGAACUCUCCUGCAUCGUUGGUAGAGUCGGCGCCGGCAAAUCGUCCUUCCUCCAGAGCAUCCUAGGAGGUCUUUGGAAGGUCAAGGGUGACGUGGAAGUUAGGGGGACUGUCGCAUAUGCGAGCCAACAAACGUGGAUCCUGAACGCGACCGUCAAGGAGAACAUUGUGUUUGGAUACCGUUUUGAGCCGGAGUUUUAUGAAAAGACGGUCCAGGCCUGCGCCCUCUUGGACGACUUUGCUCAGCUCCCGGACGGCGAUGAGACUGUUGUCGGGGAGCGUGGCAUCUCUCUGAGCGGCGGCCAGAAAGCCCGCGUGUCGUUGGCCCGCGCCGUAUACGCCAGGGCGGACAUCUAUCUGCUAGAUGAUGUCCUGUCUGCCGUCGAUUCCCAUGUUGGCAAGCACAUCAUUGACAACGUGCUCGGAACGCGAGGCCUGUUAUCCUCCAAGACGCGAAUCUUGGCCACAAACGCGAUUCCGGUAUUGCGUCAAGCCAGCUACAUCACUUUGCUCAAGGACGGCGAAAUCACCGAGAGGGGGACGUAUAGCCAGCUGGUCUCCCGAAAGGGUCUUGUUGCCGAUUUGUUGAAAACGGCAGGACAUGACUCCAACGGAAGCGGCUCCAGCAGCGCCAGCCCGCCGUCGAGCGAGACCUCGACGGUCAUCGAAGCCGAAGCGUCACAGAACAAGGAAGAAAUGGAGGAAGCGCUCGAAGAUGUUCCCGAGAUGGCUCCCAUCAAGACUGGUCCAUCAUCCUUGGCGGACAAGCCGCGGUCUGGCAGCACGGCAACGUUGCGGCGAGCGAGCACCGCUAGCUUCAAGGGUCCUCGAGGCAAGCUGACGGAUGAAGAGGUGUCUGGAAGCGCCAGAACCAAGCAAACGAAGGAAUUCGUCGAGCAGGGCAAAGUCAAGUGGUCUGUCUACGGCGAAUAUGCCAAAGAGAACAACUUGGGUGCGGUCGCCGUCUACAUCAUUGCCUUGCUCGCGUCCCAAACGGCAAAUAUUGGCGGCUCUGUAUGGCUGAAGGAAUGGUCCGAGAACAACCAGUCGGCUGGUUCAAACGAAAACAUUGGAAAAUACAUUGGGAUAUACUUUGCGUUUGGCAUCGGCUCCUCUGCGCUCACCGUCGUCCAAACGCUCAUCCUGUGGAUCUUCUGCUCCAUCGAGGCUUCGCGGAAACUUCACGAGCGGAUGGCGAACGCGAUAUUUAGAUCUCCCAUGUCCUUUUUCGACACGACGCCGACGGGUCGCAUUUUGAAUCGAUUUUCUAGUGACAUCUAUCGUGUCGAUGAAGUCUUGGCUCGAACGUUCAACAUGCUGUUCGUCAACGCGGCCAAGUCCGGCUUCACGCUGGUGGUCAUCUCCGUCUCGACGCCGGCGUUUAUCGCCCUGAUCAUCCCUCUUAGCCUGACGUACUACUUCAUCCAACGGUACUACCUCCGAACGUCUCGUGAACUCAAGCGACUGGACAGCGUUAGCCGCAGCCCGAUCUACGCCCACUUCCAGGAGUCGUUGGGUGGCGUCACGACGAUUCGAGCGUACCGUCAGCAGCAGCGGUUCGAAAUGGAGAACGAGUGGCGGGUUGAUGCAAACCUACGGGCGUACUUUCCCUCCAUCAGCGCGAACCGUUGGCUCGCCGUGCGGCUCGAGUUCAUCGGCGCCGUCGUCAUCCUCGCCGCCGCGAGCUUCUCCAUCGUCUCGGUGGCGAACCACAGUGGCCUGAGCCCCGGCCUCGUGGGCUUGGCCAUGUCGUACGCGCUGCAGAUCACGUCGUCGCUCAACUGGAUUGUCCGCCAGACGGUCGAAGUCGAGACCAACAUUGUCUCGGUCGAGCGAGUUCUCGAGUACGCGAGACUGCCUAGCGAGGCGCCCGAGGUGAUCCCCGGCAAGCGACCGCCCGUGGCGUGGCCGGCCAAUGGCGAGGUGGACUUUGAGAACUACAGCACGCGGUACCGCGAGGGGUUGGAUCUUGUGCUGAAGAACAUCAGCCUCGACAUCAAGUCGCACGAGAAAAUCGGCGUCGUUGGCCGUACCGGAGCCGGCAAAUCAUCCCUCACAUUGGCCCUGUUCCGACUCAUCGAGCCGGUCAGCGGCAACAUCAGCAUCGACCAUCUCAACACAUCGUCGAUCGGGUUGCUGGAUCUUCGGCGCCGACUGGCCAUCAUUCCCCAGGACGCCGCGCUGUUUGAGGGAUCCGUCCGCGAUAACCUCGACCCUGGACACGUCCACGACGAUACCGAACUUUGGAGCGUGCUCGACCACGCACGAUUAAAGGACCACAUUGCCGGCAUGGAUGGCGGCCUUGAAGCCAAAAUAAACGAAGGAGGCUCGAACCUCUCGCAGGGCCAGCGACAACUCGUCUCUCUCGCCCGGGCGAUGCUGACGCCGUCCAACAUCCUCGUUCUCGACGAGGCCACGGCGGCGGUUGACGUCGAAACGGACGCGAUGCUGCAGGCCACGCUGCGGUCGCCGCUUUUUUCGCACCGAACGAUCAUCACGGUGGCGCACCGUCUCAACACGAUCCUCGACAGCGACCGUGUCGUGGUGCUCGACAAGGGCGAGGUUGUUGAGUUUGACACGCCGCUUGCGCUGUUCAAGAAGCAAGGCGCGUUCUAUGGGCUCAUGAAGCAGGCCGGUUUGGAACUGGAGUAG